GUGGAGGUAGAAAAUCAGAAGUACUGUAUGACCUGGCAAUAACUAGGUGAUUGAGCACAAUUUACAUAUUUUAUAAGCUGACUUACAGUAUUCUACUCCCACACCCUCCUAGAUAUGAUGCCAGAACAGGAAAGUCCAUGCUGAGGAAAUUGUGUCUGACAUACCUGGCAGAGUGUGCAUGUUAGACUGUUGUGAGUCUCUUCAGUUUAUCUCUGAACCCGAGAUGAGUGACUAUGUAGUCAUGAACCAGCCAGCACAAAGAUAUGUUAGCCAGUGGGAUUUUAAAGCAAGCAUUCCAGAGGGGUUAAGUUUCAAAGCUGGGGAUCGAUUCCAAGCACUGGACAGGACUGGGGACUGGUGGCUCGUGGAAAAACUGAACACAAAUGGCAGUAAAACUGGCAAGACUGGAUAUGUACCUUACAACUACCUAGCAGAGGAAGGAACAGUUGAGGAACAGCCAUGGUUUUUUGGAGACUUGUCCCGGACAGAGGCUGUGAAUCUGCUGAUGAAAGCGAGGAAUGGGACUGGCUCCUUCCUGGUUCGUGUCAGUGAAAAGCAAGACUUUGUGUUUGCACUCUCAGUGCGAAUGCAGGACACUGUAAAACACUUCAAGAUCCUUCGGAACAGCCAGGGAGAAUAUCACUUGAAUAACACUAACAACUUUCCAGAUAUGACUAAGCUCAUUGAUUUCUACCACUUGAAAACAGUAGCAAAGGGUCUGACCCUCACCACUCCUUGUAUGAAGGAUGAGCCGGAAAUAAGUAACCUGAACCAGAUAAUCCUUGACGAGUGGGAGAGACCCAGAGAGGAAUUCACCCUGGAGAAGAAGCUGGGAUCAGGGAACUUUGCACAGGUCUAUGAAGGGUCAUGGCAGGGACGAGUGAAAAUAAAGGUGGCCAUUAAAACAAUAAAGCAAAAUGUGAAGGAAAUAGAAUUUCUGAAGACCCUCCGCCAUCGCAACCUGCUGUCGCUGCAUGCUGUUUGCUCAGUGGGGGACCCAUAUUAUAUUAUUACAGAGCUACUGUCUAAGGGAGACCUGCUCAACUUUCUUCGAGGCCCUGAGGGAGAAGAGCUCAAUGUAGAUGGACUACUGGAUAUAGCUGGGCAGGUGGUGGACGGCAUGCAUUACCUUGAAGCAAAUAAUUGUGUCCACCGGGACUUGGCGGCCAGGAACGUCUUGAUUGGGCGGAACAACAUCUGCAAGGUGGCAGACUUUGGCUUGGCUAGAUUUAUUAAGGAUGAAUGCUACAUGUCAAAUUCUAAACAAAUCCCUUACAAAUGGACGGCCCCUGAGGUGCUGGCCUAUGGUCGUUUCACCCUUAAGUCAGAUGUUUGGUCCUUUGGUGUUUUAUUGUUUGAAAUCAUGUCCAGAGGGAUGAUCCCAUACCCAGGUAUGUCUAACUCAGAGUUGUUUGGGUUCCUCAAAAAAGGCCAGCGCAUGGAAGCUCCACCAAACUGCUCCGAUAAAAUCUACAAUGUCAUGCUGGAGUGUUGGGAAGAAGACCCCAAAAAGAGGCCGACAUUUAGCGAGCUGAAGCCGUAUAUCGACAACCUGUCAAAUUAUGAGGCCUCAGAAGUUUCUCCCAAACCUUCCAAAACAAAAGGAUGGCUGGCCAAGCUUAAGAAAUAACUGAGCCCAUUGACUAAUGCGCUGAACUUCACCAACAGCACAGCUACAGGGAGAUGAUAAGCGUACAGUGGAAGAGUGCCCCUGAUUGACACCAAGUAGAUCUUCCAAUCAUCACAUCAUAAAAUGUUUAGCAAAAUUGAGUGUCAUGCAAAAAUGUUAAAGAUAAUUAAGAUUAUUAAAAUGAAAUGUCCACCUCUA